AUGAGUUCAAGUCUCGAGGCCAAGAUCGUCGUUCUCGGCGCGCAAGGGGUAGGCAAAACCUCCCUCGUGGAGCGCUAUGUCCGAAACACCUUUAACCCCGCAACAGCCUCAACAGUCGGCGCGUCCUUCGUCACCAAGCGCGUCCUGGAUCAUACAUCUGAUACCAUCGUCCGUCUCCAGAUCUGGGAUACAGCAGGACAGGAGCGCUUCCGCAGUAUCUCACGGCUUUAUUAUCGGGGUGCGCACGCGUGUCUGCUAUGCUAUGAUAUAACAGACGAAUCAAGCUUCGAAGAAAUGGCCGGCUGGCUCCGCGAAUUGCGCAAAAACAUCGGCACCGGUGAAGACAAUUCAGACCCGCUAGUCAUCCAUGUCGUCGGCACGAAAUCCGAUAUAGUGACCAUAGACCCUUCUCGCCGACGCAUCCCUUUCGAACGGACGAUCGCAUACGUAGCCGAACAGCUCUAUCCCACGCAGGUAUCUACACCACCAGCUACAGCGACGAGUGGCGGUAUGAGCAUGGGGUUGGGGUUCAGCACGAGUGUUUUUGGAGGGAAUGGAGGAAAGGACAAUGCCAACAAUACAAAUACCACUCUCAAUACGAAUGUGAAUGGGAGUGGUGGUGGCGGGAUCUCAUCGACAGCCCUUCAGAGCCCUGACUCGAAACGCAGUUCGGCGUUCUGGGGACAGGAAAUUGGGUGGGAUUGUUGUCAUGAGAUUAGUGCCAAGGAUGGGGAGGGAAUUGAUGAGGUUUUUCGCGUUAUUACGCGGAAAUUGGUGGAGCAGAGAAAUAAGCGGGAUACGGAGCUUGCGCUUUCUAUUGCUGGCACGCCUUUGGCUACUGGUGGGCCUGGUGGUUCUAUUGGGCCGUUUAGUCCGGGGUUUGUGGAGGGGACGGGGAGUUUUAGGUUGGGGGUUGGGGAUAAGAGGAAGAGUUGGCUUGGUCUUGCUUCGCCUUCUGCUGGUCUUGGGAGUGGAGGGUUGAAUGGGAGUGGGACUGGGGAGGAGGUGCAGAUUAUGCGAAAUGCUAAGGGGAAAGGGAGAUGUUGUUGA